AGUAAUUCAACUGUCCUUUUAUUGUGAAGAGGCCACAUCGGAAGUCCUCACACAGGUUCUCUGUGCUCAAUUAAUCCACCCGUGUGUACCUACUUCUUCGUCACUGUGUGUUCCCGUGAUUGGCCUCUAGGGGGCUCCGUAACAUUAUUUUUGAAUGGCUUUUCAGUGAGUGGCUCGAGUGGUCCGUGUCUCUUGUGAGCCCCCCACUCGUCCUGUGUAUGGCAGCAGAGGGCUUCUAUCAGACUCUCGGGGCGUGUCCUGUCCUACAAACAACUGAUGCCAUAUUGGCAAAUAACCGAGAUACAUCUUGGAGGUCCCGACUCAUUGCUUUCUCUCUGGCCAUUUCACCGUUACAGCCUUCAUUCGCUUGCGAUCCUCCGCGAACAUGCCUUCAGUCCAAAGCUUUGAGAUGACUUAUGACUCGCUGAAUGACCGCGGGACGUUUUCGGAGGGGGACCCUGUGAUUGGCAAAGUGACACUGGUGUUAUUCAAGGAGAUCACAGUUGAAAGUCUCUCUGUCAAAGCGAAAGGGGACUGCGAUGUGCGUUGGACGGAAAAGCAGGGCGAUCGCCAAAAAACGUGCUCCGCUUCGACGAGAUAUUUCAAACAGAAGCAGUUUUUGAUCGCAGAGAAUUCCACAGGCACUGUGCUUCCCAAAGGAAUCCAUGUCUUUAACUUCAGGAUUAACAUACCAUCAGGAAGCAUGCCAUCAUCCUUCAGGGGGCAAUAUGGAAAGAUUGUCUACCAGCUGGAAGCCAAGCUUUGCAGGAGUUGGAGGCUGGACCGUACAGAUGAAAAGGAGAUACGUUUUGUCUCCAAGGCCUUUCCAAACCCUCAGUCUCUGAAUUCAAGCCAAGUUGGUUCGACAGACAAGGACAUUGGGAUUUUCGGAAGAGGAAAAGUGGACAUGGAUGUCAUCGUUGACAAGAGUGCUUAUGCCCCAGGUGAAACUAUGGUGGUUCUUGCAAAAGUCAAUAAUGCCUCUUCCAGUAACAUGACACCCAAAGUCAGUUUAUCUCAGGAUGUGGUGUACAAUGCCCGAGGCCAUGUAAAACAACAGAGAACCACCAUCUUCAAAGUGGCCAACAGCUGUAUUAACGCCAAAACACAGAUGGAUGUCAAGUGGGCAGUAAAGCUUCCUAAUGAUCUGACUCAAACAAUCCACAACUGUGAAAUUAUCAAAGUGGGGUAUUAUUUAAAGGUGUACCUGGACAUCAGCUUUUCUUUCGAUCCAGAGGUCGUAUUCCCCGUGGUCAUUAUUCAUCCUGACUUAGCUCAUGGCCCUCAGCCUGGUGUGGCUGCGGGUCCCUAUCCAGCUGGGGCUAUCGGGGGACCAACCCACAGUGACUUCCCUCCCGCUGCAGUGGCGAUGGGUCCCUAUCCUGCAGGGGCUUUUGGAGGACCAAGUAACAGCAACUUCCAUCCCCCUGUGGUUCCUGUGGGUCCCUAUCCCUAUGGUCAGCCAGGAAGUUAUUCAGCACCACCGCCUGCGUACCCUGCUCAGCCAGCACACGUGAGCCAGCGCUACAAUAUACCAGCGGCGUCUCCAUAUGGAGAUCCACACAACGCUCCGUCCUCUACGCUUCAUCCUCCACCUCCUGUCUCAACAUUUCACCCACCCCCAAGUGCCCCAGAGAUCCAACCUCCUCCUUUUUCUCAAGCAUUCAACAUGUCACCAGCCGCUCCCGCAUAUGACACGCUGCCUUCUGCUCCAAUGGCGAGCACAGACUUCCUGUCUCAGUCGGAUGAAGCCCCUCCAGCAUAUCUACUCCUUUUCCCGCCUCCUGCUAAUGAAAACUCUGAUGCCAAAUAACACAACGUGUGCUUAAAUACUUACAGCUAGUGAGGAAUCCAGUCCAUUGUGUGCAUUAUUAACUUUUUGCAUGUAAAGAAUGAUAUACAGAAAUCGAGCUUUUUGUAUGUGAAUGUGAUUGUUGUUUUCUGGUCAGUGCAGGUUGCUAAUUACAUGCUGAUAACAUCAUUGCUCAAGUCUCAGUAAACAAGAUACACUGUGAACUUUACGUGCCUUGCUAAACUCAGUUGUGCUCGACUGAUCAUAGUUUCAACAAGUGUUAUUAUUCACACGUAUCUGCUCUACCUCAAUCUUCUGUUUGGAGGCCGGGUGAAGUAACUUAACAACAUGUAUUGUAUCAAAAAAAAGUAUUUUUUAUGAUUGUUUUUUUUUUUAAUAUAGAAUUAUAACUAAGCCAUAAUACAUUAGUUUUUCCUAUAUUUUCAAGUCUUUUGAGUUUAACAUGACACUACUACUAUUUCAUCACACUGCACUUUGCAAACUUGAUUUGUUAUCCCCCUCAAAUUGCCAGUAUUUCUCUGACCUGUACAUUUGAAUAAAGACUUGUCAGGUAAAG